CAAUUCAGGAAAUGAAAUAGGUCGGUCCAAUUAUUGGGCGUAGUUAAUUCCUUAAUCUAACCUUACUAGCAGUACUUAUUUGAGGCUUCUAGUGGUGUGGUUGUUCAGGCAACAAUUUGUGACACCACCAAAUCUCCGCCGGGGUAAUCCUGUAAAAUUAUACCAGUAAAAGCUGACGCGAUCUUUUCUUGUAUGUCUCCUCGUCAUUCUUUCGCCAUUCUUUUUGAGCUGCGUUUCACCUCCUCUCCCACGGGCCCGCAGCGCUCCGAUUCUUUCCUAAAAGCAGUCUCUUUCUCUCUCUCUCUCUUUUUUUUUUUGCUCGCAAUUGUUGCAUCACCAAAGAAAAGGUUAAAGACAGAUUUCGUUCGGGUUAGGGUUUCAGCGAUUUCUUUCAUGAUCAGAUUCUUUCCCACCAAGAUUUCCUGUUCCUGUUCCCAAACAGACCAACUGAAGCUUCUUCCACUCAAUCCGUUGUCACUGACACAAACAAAAGGCGAUUAUGGAUUUAGACGGCAGCAACAGGAGCGUCUUCAACCGACUCGGAGGUCCAUCAGCCGCACCAACGGACUCCUCCAAACACCAGAAAGUUUGUUACCAUUGGCGGGCCGGUAAGUGCACCCGUUUCCCAUGCCCUUUUUUGCACCGCGAACUGCCUCAUCCUUCGGGCCCCGCCGCCUCCGCCGCUAACGGAUCGGGUCACCCCAAACGUUUCGCCGAUGAUUCCGGAUUCUCGGGUCCGGCCCCACGACGAGGCCCGAACUUCAAUAAUAAUCAUAAUAAAAGUUGGGGAAGAAUGGGGGCUAAUAAGGUAGUUAGAAAAACGGAGAAAGUAUGUAAUUAUUGGGUGCAAGGGAACUGUAAUUACGGAGAUAAGUGUAGGUUUUUACAUUCUUGGAGUUUAGGUGAAGGUUUUACCAUGUUGAAUCACCUUGAUGGGCACCAGAAAGUUGUUACUGGAAUUGCGUUGCCAGCAGGUAUGGAUAAGCUGUAUACUGGGAGUAAAGAUGAAACUGUGAGGGCUUGGGAUACCAACUCCGGUCAGUGUAUGGGUGUGAUCAAUCUUGGUGGUGAAGUGGGUUGCAUGAUAAGUGAAGGUCCUUGGCUGUUUGUUGGCAUACCGAAUGUUGUCAAGGCAUGGAACACCCAAACUAACCAAGAGCUUAGUCUUAGUGGACCUGUUGGGCAAGUAUAUACUAUGGUUGUGGGUAAUGAUUUGCUUUUUGCUGGUACACAGGACGGGACUAUUUUGGCAUGGAAAUUUAACGCCAUCACCAACAGCUUUGAACCAGCAGCAUCACUUAAAGGUCAUACCCUUGCAGUUGUAUCUUUAGUUGUUGGAGCUAAUAGACUAUACUCUGGUUCCAUGGACCAUUCUAUAAAGCUCUGGAGUCUGGAAACUUUGCAGUGUCUACAGACUCUGACAGAGCACACUAAUGUUGUGAUGUCCUUGCUUUGCUGGGAACAAUUUCUUUUAUCUUGUUCAUUGGACCAAACAAUAAAGGUGUGGAUGGCUACUGAGAAUGGACUGUUGGAAGUAACAUAUACUCACAAUGAUGAACAUGGCCUGCUUAAUCUUCGCGGAAUGCAUGACUCAGAAUCCAAGCCUGUCUUGCUGUGUGCAUGCAAUGACAAUUCUGUCAAGCUCUAUGAUCUGCCCUCGUUCUCGGAGAGGGGUAAAACUUUUGCUAAGCAGGAAAUUCGAACCAUUGAGGUGGGCCCUGGGGGCCUGUUUUUCACCGGCGAUGGAACUGGUUUUAGAGUGUGGAAGUGGGCAGAACCAAUUGCGAAGCCCUGAUGCAUUCCGCCAUUUGAUAACAUAUUCAUCAUUAUGUAUUUUCGCUGAUUUUUUUUUUCAUCCUUUUGUUUUGGUCUUUUGUAGUAUUGAGUUUGCGGGAGAAAUUACGAGUUAGAGAAAACAAUUUUGGGUUCCUGGUGUAAUGUUUAUUAGCACCAAGCCCUUCACCAUGGUGUCAUAAGUAAAUAUAAAGAACACUUGAUAACUCA